UCGAUCUGCACCAUUUCCACAUGCAUGCGACCUCCAAACCUCUGCAUUAAUAGUUUGUUUCUGGGAUUAUAUAUGAACAGCAGAUGACAAUGCUUCUUCUGAGGAGAGCUGCGCAGACGGCUGUGCGGACAAAACACUGCAGGUCAUUUUCUGCGUCACAGACUCACCUGCACGACAGGAAAGGUCUGGUGCUGGGUGUGUUUGAGAAGGAGGGAGAGGAGGGCGGCAGUGAUCUUACUGAAGCAGCUGCAAGUUUUGACCAAACUUUGUCUGGGAAACUCUCUGAACUUCUGAAAAUCUCUGGACCGACUCUAAAGAAAGGCAAAAGCCGAAUAUUUUAUGGAAUCCACAAGGACUUCCCGUGUGUGGCGGUGGUCGGGCUCGGUAAGCCCAGUGCAGGUGUUUGCGGGGCAGAAAACUGGGACGCCAGCAAGGAGAACAUCAGACAGGCAGUUUCGGCUGGCUGCCGGUUACUUCAGGACCUGGAGGUGAAGCAUGUGGACGUGGACGGCUGCGGUCAUGCCCAGUCAGCAGCAGAAGGCGCUGCUCUGGGUUUGUUCCAGUACGACCAACUUAAAUCCAAGAAGAAGACCAAAGUGACCACACAGCUUCAUGGGAGUGCGGACUCGGCUGGGUGGCAGAAAGGAGUCACGUAUGCAGAGGGUCAGAACCUGGCACGGCUGCUCAUGGAAGCUCCAGCCAAUCACAUCACUCCUACUGCUUUUGCCAACACCAUCGAAGAGAAACUCACGCCGCAUGCAGAGCGAGUCACAGUAAAUAAGAGAUCUCAGGCUUGGAUAGAGGAGCAACAGAUGGGAGCGUUUCUCAGUGUGUCUAAAGGCUCAGAGGAGCCCCCCGUCUUCCUGGAGCUGCAAUACAACGGCUCUCCUGACAGCACGCAGGCCCCACUGCUCUUAGUGGGCAAGGGCAUCACCUUUGACAGUGGUGGUAUUUCUCUGAAGCCGUCUCCUUCCAUGGAUGCAAUGAGAGCUGAUAUGGGAGGAGCUGCCACCGUGUGUGCGUCUAUCGUCACAGCAGCUGCUCUGAAACUGCCAGUCAACAUUAUUGGUCUGGCUCCUCUGUGUGAGAACAUGCCCAGCGGAAAAGCCACUAAACCAGGUGAUGUCGUCACAGCCAGAAAUGGAAAAACAAUCCAGGUUGAUAAUACAGAUGCAGAGGGCCGACUGAUUCUCGCUGACGCCCUGUGUUACGGACACACGUUCAACCCCAGAGCCAUCGUUAAUGUUGCCACAUUAACAGGUGCGAUGGAUGUGGCUCUUGGCUCUGCAGCAACUGGAGUGUUUACAAACUCUGACUGGCUCUGGGAGCAGCUGCACAAGGCUAGUGUUGUGACAGGUGACAGAGUGUGGCGGAUGCCUCUGUUCCAGCAUUACACCAGACAGGUGACUGACAGCCAGCUGGCUGACCUCAACAACAUCGGCAAGUACAGCCGAUCUGGCGGUGCGUGCACGGCAGCUGCGUUCCUGAGAGAGUUUGUCACAGCUCCUCACUGGGCCCAUCUGGACAUCGCAGGUGUGAUGAGUAACAAAGACGAAGUUCCCUACCUGAGAAAAGGCAUGUCUGGAAGACCAACGCGUACGCUGGUGGAGUUUGCUGCCGGACUUGCCCACGAUGGCUGAGGCGUCGACACAAAUAUCAGAUUGGACACAGGACUGUGAGCUUUUUCUCUGGCAAAGAUUCAAUACUGAAUUUUCAACAACGGCCAAAUUUAUCUGUGUAAACAGUAUCAUCCCCAUGGAAGAGCUUUGAAAAUAUUGGCAGUGUUCAUAGCUAUAUUUUUAAACCAAUCUGAUGGGUCUGAAUAUGCCUCCCUGUGUAAUACAGGUUCAGUGUCUCUCCACAGUGUCGUGAUUUCAACUAAAAACACCUAAAACUCUGUAGUAACUACAUAGCGCACAUAAUUUAUAUGUUGUAUAAAAUAAACUCUGUAAAACUAUAA